AUCAUGGAAUAAAAAAUGGUCUCGCCGGAUGCGUUGCCUCACUAAAAUCAAAUUGUAAACAAAUACAAACAUUAGCAACAAUAUGGUGCCUAUACUACUAUAGUGGUGCACUUUGGUCUUUUACAAGAUCCGCUUCCACUUAUUCUUCCUGAUCUAGCCUAGGUAAAAGGCCCAUCUAUAUAAAAUUGUUUUAGUGAGGAAAAUAUCCAAUCGUCAUUUGUUGACAAGUGGUAAUUGAAAAAAUGACAUUCAUAAAACAAGAUAAGGUAGGCUAGCCAGCCUAGACCCAGAUCAAUUCAGAAUGAGUAGCACUUCAUCAAAUGUUUCAGUGGAAAGGUUAAUCAAGACCACUCAACCCAAGCAGCAUGUAGAGGAAACCAGGGCCUACACUCCUGAUACAGUACUCUCGGAGUUACAACUUGAGCCAGACAUCACCGUCCUCUGCAGGAUCUGUGCCAAGCGUAUAAAUAUUAGGCAAAUACAAAAUCAUCGCUCCUACCAUGAUGCAUUGCACACCUUGGAGUACAAAGAUAACAAGAAACCAGCAAAUGUAGAUUCAUUACUGGCACGUAGGCAGUAUUUGGUUAAAAAAGCACCGCAAUCGAAUAUAGCAAUCAUCCAGAAAGUAAAUGAUGCGUAUGAAUUAGUUAAGUCUGUUUUGCAGGGAACCUUUGAUGACCUGCGUCAGGUUAAUGAGCCAAUCAAAGUAGAAUGCAUGGGACAACCAUUAAACUGUAGUGCAAAGUGCAUACAUGCUAUGAGCAUUUGCUCAGAUGGUAAUGAAAGGUGGAAAUCCAAAAUGGAAGAUACAUACGUCUUUCAAGAUUUCUUUGGUAAUGAUAUAAAUAAAUGUUUUUUUGCCGUCUAUGACGGUCAUAAUGGAAGAUUUGCUGCUGAUAUCGCUGCUUACGAUUUUCAUCAUUUCUUGUUAAAUGAAAUGACAAAAUUUGAUGCUAACACUACCUGUAAAUGCACUGUGAACCAUGCUGGCAAAAUUGACAUUGAGGAUUAUGGCAUCGACAGGAAGCCUGCACGGAAUAUCCGUAAGGAGAGCAUACGGCAUAUUCUCCAUGAAGAAAGUAUGAAUGUCAUCCAACAGAUUAUGCACACGUGCGAAGAGAAUGUUCAACAACUGAAGGAAGACAACAAUCCUGAUUGCCAUCAAUCACAAAAAGGUGCUAAGAAAAAACGAGUCAAAGACCCCUUUUCAGAAAAGAUGGAGAUAGCUUUACAAAAAGCCUAUGUACAGACCGAUAACAUAUUGAAGUUUGGUAUUGAUGAAAAGUCCCGUGUGAGGUGGAGUGGGUGCUCCGCGGUAACUUGUGUUAUCGAAAGUACCCGCAACACAGAGUUGGAUGAAGUGACAGAGACUGUUGACAGCGUAAUAGGAAUGCCAUUACCGCAGGAAAGAGGACUUCUAUAUAUUGCUAAUUCAGGUAAUGUACGAGCAGUUUUGUGCAGGAAUGGUAAAGCUUACAAGGUUACACGAGAUCACAUGCCAAGUAAUUUAAAUGAGAGGAAUCGUGUGUUGAAAACCGGUGCUGAAAUUAGAGUUAGUCAGAAAGGAGCAAGGAUCAAUGGUGUACUGGAUACAACUAGAGGUUUUGGAAAUCAUGGUGAUCCCGAGCUGAAAAGGGCCGUAAUUGUUGAUCCAUACACGACAACAGUUACCAUUGAUCAGUAUGCCGAAUUCCUCAUUAUCGCCACUAACGGUUUAUGGGAAGUCUUAUCCGAAGAUGAGGCAGUGUCCAUCAUUUAUGAAAUGAUACCCACCGAUGAAAUUCCCUCCCCUACUCCAGAGCACGUAGAAAACUUUGCACAGGCUUUUGAGUUCUCCAAGGCUAAUGCGGGUAGGAAACUUGCUUGCAGCGUUAGUGAAGAGAGUUUUGAACAGGACGGUGGUAGAAAAUGUAAAAAAAAUGAAAUGGAAGUAUCAUUAGAGUUGGAUCAACGUGGUGAAAAGGUUAAUGACUAUAACGAAGCAGAAAUGCAUUUAAAUGACGAUGCAGACACGGUUAAAGGACACAAUGCUGAUUUUGAAAACAUGGUAUCAACGCUUAUGGAAAAUGAUGACGGAAAUGAUGCCGACAUUGAGACCUUGACAGAGUUGCAUACAAUCUACACCCAAUCACAGCUCUCCCUAUAUCAUCCGACGGAGAAAGAACUCUACAGGAAUCUUGCCAAGAAUAUGAGUGAAAGACUUGUACAAAGCGCAUUGCUUGCUGGCAGUCGAGAUAACAUAAGUGUUAUAGUGAUUCUUCUACCAGCCUGUAAAAUAUGAUGCUCUUCUUAAGACAUUGUAUAUAGUGCGUCGAAAUCGUUGUUAUUAAGCAUUUUUUUAUAGAAGGAGUGGUUUGGUGCAGCGGUUCCAGUUCUGCUUAUCAAUCACGAGGUCGGAGGUCCGAUCUCUUGCUGUGAAUUUCGCUUGUGUCCAUAGGCAAUGCCCUUUACCUAUGGUUGUCUCUAUCCACCCAGGCGACUUAUAUGCGCUAUAAGUCGACAAGCAUCAUCAUUAUUAUCUGCCAGGGGACUUGCCACCAAGUACACUACCAUUAUUCUUAUGGUUAAAUAUGUGAGUGUACUCAAAUGAUAGUACUGUAUAACAUACGCUAUAUAAUUAAUUGUACUGUAAAGAAAAUGUUAAUGCUUAAUUGGCAUAAGAUUUAAUAACAUACUUCAGUGUAGUCCUAUGCAUGUGACAAAACAGAUGCAGAAACUAGUCAAUUUUUGUGGUACAAUUUAAUAUCAAUGAUAUGGUAUUCUACAUAAGUCUAUCCAUAGAAUAUUAUAUUAGUUGCCGAAAAGCACAAACGAGAUGUAGCUAUUGCAACAUAAAAUAAAACAAACUGACAAUCUA